AUGGUGGUGGGCAGACGUAAGGCGGAUGGUGCCCCAAGCUGCGACUCGGCUGACCUGAUUAAGUCUAUGUAUAAUUUUAUGUUCAAACUUUGGGUGGGAAAAACGCCACUGAUGGACGACGUCGAAACGUAUAUCAUCGGGUCAGGCAUGUACAGUGGGUCGGAGACAACGAAGUGGGCUGACAAGGCAACGGCAGCGCUGCUGUAUUUUUCGCAUCGCAACCGCAUUGUGCCUCUUAUGAACGGGUCAACCACCGAUCUCUUCUGGGGGUGCAUGAUUCGGACUGGCCAAAUGAUGCUAGCGCAUGUCCUUAUGCGCUACUUCACUGGUGGUGGGCCACGAAUAGGCGAUGAGAAGCUGCAAGAGUUGCGAGCAAAGGCACAGGUGCUCUUCUGUGACGUCCCAUCAGCACCUUUUAGCAUUCACGCCAUAACUGCAGAGGGCGAAAGACAUGGUGUUAAGUGCGGUGAGUGGUUUGGGCCGACACCGAUAGCAAACACGCUGAGUGCACUCUCAGCGUCCUACCUGGCAGCAGGCGGGGAGGGUCCAGUAGUGUUGUCAUUUCCUGAUCGGCAAAUUUUUGGAGAGCAGGUGAAGGAAUUACUGCGGGAGUCAAAACAUGUAGUGUUGCUUAUUCCAGUGAUGCUUGGGCCUCAUGUUAUCUCGAAGAAGUACGCGCGGUUUAUGGAACGUUGUCUUGAAAUGGAAAGCUCUGUCGGCAUUCUUGGGGGGAAAUCUCGUUCUGCGUACUUUCUCUUUGGUCACCAGGGCGACAGUGUGUUUUACUUGGACCCGCACUAUCUUCAGAUCGCCUUCACCUUGCCGGAUAGACCGGGGGAGUUGACGUGUGCGAGGAGGGCUUUGCCUGCGACAAGCUAUGAUACCUCAAUGACCCUGGGAUUCUACGUUUCCUCACUUGCUAGUUUUGCCAUCUUUGAGGAGGACCUGGCAAAGAUAAACGCCGGUCUGACGUUCCCCCUUAUUAGUAUCUCCGCGGGUCGACCAGUAGAGGAGGGGAAGGUGGAUGCGGACGCGAAGCUCAACCUGAACGAAAGUUUCUCUUUCCCACCUGGAUAA